ACAUUGCCUUUGCUGUCAAAAGAUUUAACAUUUUCAAACAACAAAUACAUAUUUGUGUAAAUAUUUCAUUAAUUUUUGUCUCAAUCGCAAUGUUGUCAACAGUUGCCAACGAUUUGAAUGAAAAUUUAAUUUACAAAACCGUUUUUGAACUAAAUGUGCAAGAUGAAGAUUAUGUAUUGCCUCGAAUAGCUCAAAAGGCAGCUGAAUUAAAUGUACGCGGUUACAUAACACGUAAACCAAAUGACCUUAAGGCUGUAGGAGAAAUGGAGGCCAAUUGGAAUAACCUUCAUGAAAUGAUGAAUUGGCUGCAAGAGGAUAAAUUCUCCAAGGUGGACGAUGAAGAGAACUGGAAGAAUCUACGUUUCACCAAAUGCAAGUUGCAAUCGAAACCCAAAUACCAUGAUUUCUUUUACUGCUAAAGACGGGACUAGAACUUGGAAUCGAACUGGCAAUAAGUUUUAAGUUGAGUAAUAAAAUUUGCAGUGCAUUUUCUUAAAGUGCAUUUGCCAUCUAAUAAAGCAUAACAAUCAAGUUACUGCGAA